UAUUUGAAGCUCUCUCCACACAAUAAAGCAAUUAAUACUGCUGGGAGAAGGCAUUCCACAUCGGACCUCAAAAUGGAGAGUGAUGCACUACUGGAAAUGAACCGAAUGGAAUUAAGAUCUGGGAGAAACCUUGUAAAAUGUGCAGCUGCUGACUCCAUGGAACUUGCUGGUACCUCUACCAAUUCAAAAGAAACUAUGCAGACUCCAGUAAGGAAAUCUUUUCAUAUUAAAAGAAGUAUAGGGAAGGAAAAAGAAAAUGAAGAACCAGGUGCACCCUUUAUCUCAGUAGAAAAUUUCCCAGAUAGAAAAUCAAGCCAAAGAAAAUCGAAUAAAAGGAAGAGCAAAUGGGAGGAAGAAAAUGAAGGAAUGGUUGUAACCAGUCAUUUGGCAGAAAAUGCACAGACUCCAAACAGUAAAUUUAGCCUUACCAAGAAAAGAAGGAAGAGCAUGCAAAUUUUAAAUGAACAACCAGCUGUACCCUGUGAAUCAGUUGAAAAUUCUCUGGAUGGAAAAACAAGCCAAGGAAAAACAAAUAAAAGGAAAAGAAAGUUGGAAGAAGAAAAUGAAGGAAUGGAUACCUCCGUGGUUUCAAAAGAAACUACACAGACUCCAACAAGGAAAUCUGUUCAUAUUAAAAGGAGUGCAGGAAAGGAAAAGGAAAAUGAUGAACCAGCUAUAACUAGCCCUUUGGCAGAAAAUGCGCAGAUUCCAAACAGUAGAAUGAGCCUGACCAAGAAAAGAAGGAAGAGCAUGCAAAUUGUUAAUGAACAACCAGGUACCUCCACUAUUUCAACAGAAACGACACAGACUCCAACAAGGAAAUCUAUCCAUAUUAAAAGAAGUGUAGGAAAGGAAGAGCAGAAUGACAAACCAGCAGGUACCCCCACUAUUUCAACAGAAAUGACACAGACUCCAACAAGGAAAUCUAUCCAUAUUAAAAGAAGUGUAGGGAAGGAAGAGCAGAAUGACGAACCAGAUAUACCCUGUAACUUGGUUGAAGAUUCUCCUGACGGGAAAUCAGGUAAAAGAAAAACGAAUAAAAGGAGGAGCAAGUUGGAGGAACACAAUGAAGGGACAGAGGUUAGUGAUCUUGCACCGCCAUUACAAGAAUGUGGGACUUCUUCUACACAUAUGACAGAAAAUAUAGAAAGAAAUGAUGAACUUUUAGUGCCAAUUACUGAUCAGAAUGAGGAGGAUAUUGCCGAAAUUCUGAACAGUACAUUUGAAGUGGCUGAACAAGAUUCCAUUCUUCAGACACCUGCUCGCAAACGUUCAGUUAGGUUUGCAGCUGCAGUAGAAACAGCAUCUUUUUCUAGCUCUGUGGACAGUACUCCAAAAUUUUCAACUCCAGUUUCAGUGAAUAGUAAACAGAGAAGCAGCCACUACAAAGGAACUCCACAUCCUUCAGUCAAGAAGCGUCCGGCCAGUAUUCUGAAAACUUCAUCCAGUAAAAAGUUUCCUUCCAGUUCGAAGGAUACGUCAUUGAAAGGAAAAGGCUCAGCUCGCAAAAUGCCAGAUUUCAACAGCAUUCAUAAAGCCCAGUUUGAAAAGAUGGAGUCUAUUGUUGACUUCAGUCACAGACGCCAGAAGUGUGUGAGAAAAUUGGAAGAUCAGGCAGUUGAUGGCAACGACAAAGAGGUACAACUAAAGCCAUUUGCAGUUGUCAAGCCAGUGGAGAAAAUGUCACGAAAUGCUGUCAGUCGAAUACCUGUGGCUCCACAGAACACCAGCAGACAUGGGACACCAAGAGCAUUGUCCAGCAGUCACAUUCCUGUUGCCGGCUUCCAUGUCUUGAAAGAAAAGAAUUUUGAUGCACGUCUCAGUGCACCACAUACAAUCAAUUCAAGGCCCAGUUCUGCAAAAAUGGGAAAUAAUUCUAGACCAAAGCCUUUGAGUAACCUCAAGCCACAGCGAAUUACUUAUGAACAAGCUAAAGCAACAAUACAGAACAAGAAACCUUUGGCAGCUGUUAAAAGAGAGGCUGAAAGACUGGAGAAUCGCAACAUUUUGAAAGGAGUAAGAUUGAACCGCCGAUUUGAAUUACAGAUGCAGCACCGAAAAUUAAAUGUGUAAUUAUUAUUGUAUAUUCUUCAAGUAAUUUUACUCCUGGCAUUUCAGUACUGGGCUUUCAUGUAACACGCCCAACAUGUGACAUAAAGAACUGCUGUUCUUAUGCUUGCCUUUCUGUUCUUUCUAAUAUAUUUGUCUUUGUAUAACAAAUGAUUAUAUCCAUUAACGGUAAUAAAUUUAACUUUUAUUCAGCUAAUCUUUGGCAGCUUUGUUCAUGCUGGACAUGUAACUUUUUCUGUAUGUCAUUUAUUUAAUCUGCAUUCAAACAGUGGGUGUAUAUUAUUUUAUAGAAGUGUAUAAAUAGAUAAAUUAUAUACAGAUAGAAAAUGUAUCCUGUUUAUAGAGUUGUUAAUUUAUGAAUGUUUCUGUAUGUUAACAGUUUUUGUAAAGUGAUAACGGAUUACUGAGUUUUGUUGCAAUUUCACAAUAAUUUUCAUUAAUACUUGUAUUUCAUGUUAGAUUUACAGAGCAUGUUUAUGAAAUUUGGAGCCAAAAUA